AUGUCAAACAAAUUCUCACCUUUGGUAGGUGAUCAAACAUCUCAACCACCACCUCUUUUUCCUCCACCUUCUCAACAAUCACCAAAAGGUAGAAAGAAAUCAUCCAAUAAACCAAAAAAAAUAACUAAAAAGAAAAAAGAAGAAGGAAAGACAGUAACAACAAAACACUCACCAUCCAAAAAAGAUAGUUCUACUCAACCUUUAUCAUCCAACUCUUCAACAUCAUCCUCUGCUAAACGCAAGCUUUUUAGCUUUAGUGAGCCACCAACUGAUGACUCGCCAACAGUUGGCCCACCUCCUCCACUGGUUGGAAAGAAGCCCGUUCCAAAGUCAAAGGCUGGGAAGCCUGCUGGAAAGAAGCCCGUUCCAAAGUCAAAGGCUCCAAACGCCAAUCGACCAUCAAUCAUCUUCAAAGAGGGUGAAUCGUUACCAGACUCUCAAUUAUCAUACACUUCAUACGUAAUGAAGUAUUCAACAAUUGUGAGUAAUGAAACUCAAAAGAAAAAGAAGAAGAAAAAGAAAUCAAACUCUUCAUCAUCAUCAUAUUGGACGUUCAAAUCUAUGGACAUUACAGAUGACCAAUCAUCAUCAUCAUCAUCAUCAUCAUCAUCAUCAUCAUCAUCAUCAUCAUCAUCAUCAUCAUCAUCAUCGUCAUCGUCAUCGUCAUCGUCAUCGUCAUCGUCAACAACGUCCAACAAUAUGGACACUACAGAUGACCAAUCAACAACAACAACAACAACAACAACAACAACAACAACAACAACAACAACAACAACAACAACAAUAUCACCAGUACCAACAAACGACGAACUAAUUCAGAGCAUUAGAAAGUUGGCCAAUUUUAUUGGAAAUCAAACCACAACCUUUCUCAAUCUAAUAGCCACCAACAACAAGUGCUUUGAGUCAAAUGGAACACCUGUUCCAUUUGUUGUUAAGUUUUUUCAAACUCAAUGCAAGCUAACUGAAAAUCAACUAAAAGAAAAUCUCUCCACUUUUAGAUUUGACAGAACUUCUAUUGAAUGGAUAAUAAGAUAUUUUGCUCUUGGAGGAGACGCUAUUUUUUCAGCAAUGGGUAAACAUCCGGUACCUCGUAUUGACACCGUGGAGGAUCUAUCCAAUGAUUCAAUUUACUCAUUAUGCUUUUUCAUGAAACAUGUUGCUCCAUUUUUGGAAAAAGAGAUGCAAAAGAGACCCAAAAUGCUACAAAUGCUUCAAAAGUUGAGACAGUUCCGUUGUAACAAUUCAAAAAACUGGGUCAAUGUGAUUGUGAUCAACGUUAAAAAUAAUAUCAUGGUUUCAACAUAUAACCAUUUAAAACAGUUAUUAAACACCUACAAGGAUAGGAAGAUAAAGGAUCUUGGAAAGAACCAAGAAGAAAUUAAAAAGGUUAAAAAGUUGGUUCGUGAUACUAUUUAUAAUUUUUCUAACACUAGAUUAAAAAGAGCUGAGAAAGACCAACAACCAGUUCAAGAAGAAGGUGAAGAAGAUGAAGAAGGUGAAGAAGAUGAAGAAGGUGAAGAAGAAGAAGAUGAAGAAAAGAAAGCAGACCGUGUUGUCACAUAUGAUCUAUCCGAUGGUGUCUACAAAACCAUAGAAAUCCUUGGUGGUUAUAACCAACAAGUUAUUGAUGAGUAUAACAACUUAUCAGAUGACAAGAAGAAGAAAAAGGAAGCAAAAUAUGACAAUCGGGUGAGCAGAAGAAAAAAUAUUAUCAAAAAGAAAAAGGAAGAUGCUCACAAAAGAAGGGAAGCUAUCAUAAAGGAAAGAAGAGAAGCUUCUAUCAAGUUGCAAAAGUCCCCAAAUACAUCUUUGACAGUUGAUGAUUUGACAAACUCACCAUCUUCAUCACCCAACACAUCUUCACCACGCAACCCAAAAGGUAAAUUCAAUCAAAGAAUGAAACAUGACAGCAUUCGAAUCCGCGAGUUGGAUGAACUGAAGAAGAUCACAAUAGAGGCAGAAAAAAGAAAUGCUGAUCUCCAACAGAUUAGCGAUACCCGAACACCAACCGUGUUUAUUCCCGGGCUCAUCAAUAUUUCAUCCAUUAUACCAUCUCUUGGAUUUGAUAUCCAAUUCAUGUUUACAAGAGAACAUGCUAAAAACCUUUUGAAAUGUUUGGGUUUAAAAAAGGCCAAUGUCGAAAAAGAUCACGAGGGUAACCCAAGCUAUGCCAUCGCCACUCUCUUCCCAGGCUUGUACAAAUACGAUCCAAGGCUUUUCACAAACACCAAGAGGGUGUAUCUUCCGGCCACCCCUCCCACUGAUGUUGAAAAACAAAAGGAUGAGGAAAGGAGGAAAACAAACAAUGACAAUAGAUUUGCAAGCGCAUUAAAGAAAUAUAAAGGUAAUGAAGAUGUGGCAAGGGUAGCUGCUACUUUGCAAACUGGAGAAAAGGCAAAGAAUGCAAUUGAACAACACAACAAAUUGCAUGGUUUUAAAAAAGGAUCUCAUGAUAAAAAUCGAGCACUUCUUGCAAAAGGCACAAUAACUUUUUCGAAAGAAGAAAUGUUUCAAGAGAUAGUAAACAAAGGAGUAAAGUAUGAAAAUACCUCAACUACCACUACACCAUCUACUUCUUCAUCUUCAUCAUCUUUACCAUAUGUCACACAAGUUGCAAUGGAGAAAGAAUUUGCUGGAAAGUCUUUGAAGGAUGUCAUUGCCAUUGGUAUCGAUCCCAACACGUGCUCAAUUACUGUCGUUAACAAUCACGAUGACAAGGUUCUGGACAUGAGAAUGGAUACUCUUAUGGUUAAAAGAAACACCAAGUUUCUUUUAGAGAAAAUCUCUUGUCAUAUGGGAAAGGCCAUCAAAAGUUUUGAAUCCUGUUUACCAUCUCUCAAGUUCAAUGUCCUUAACCCUCAAACAUUCCAAUCUAGGCUGGACUAUUAUGAAAAGUAUUGUGAUUAUUUCGAUAUCUAUUUCGAAGCCAUCAAUGAUCCAAUCGUACUAUCUUGGAAGAGGAACUUUGCUUUCAAAAAGCAAAAGUUGAACAAAGAGUUUUACCAACAAUUUGACAACUACAUUCUUGAUCUCUUUAAAGAUCAUUUCCCAACCAAGUAUUCAAGUAUGAACGAUUCUGAAAGGAAUCAGUACAUUCAAGACAAUACAAUCAUAUGUUUUGGAAAAGCCAAAUUUGGACACAACACUCGUGGCAAGGUAACAACAUUUGCAGCCAAGACUGUUGCCAACAAGUUAAAGUCCAAACAAUAUUCCGUUGUCUAUAUUAAUGAAUACAACACGUCAAGACUUGGUAAAGAAAAGGAUGGAGGCCAACCGACCAAUGUCCAACAGUGCUCACCUAUCAGCGAAGCAUGUCAAUCCGCUGCUAAAGGUAAUAGUUUCCUUCGAUGCAGUGACCACCGGCAUCGUUUAGCACUCGUCAAGCAAGACACCCAUUCAAAAGAAUACAAAGAGUCGUUGGGGUACCUCAAAUCCAUCGAUGAUUUGGACAAGAAACUCCAAUCACACAAUCUUUUGAAUGUGGCAGGUCAAUGUCGAACAAGGAAGGUGACACCGUCAGAUGUUGCCGGUUCGGAGACUGAAUCGCGUCAGGACUCUCAAAAAGUUGCCUCGACCCAAUCGUCUUCGUCAUCAACAAAAAAGUUCGACUAUCGACACGGACAGAAUAAAUAUGGUCCAGAGAUUAGAAAAUUUGGAAAAAUGGUCACCGUCCGUCAAGAUAUGGAAAGACAAAUUAAUUGCCAGGGUAAAAACCGAGGCAUCAACACAAUUUGGGCUCUCAAAGGCUCAAAUCAACAAAACUAA